UGGGACAAACAUAUGGCUGGUUCGCUAAACCUGCGAAAUAUGUCUCUCUCGACGUUCUUUGUCUUCGUUUCGCUGCUGUCGUUGUCCAACUGCGAGACCUGCAACCUACGCGCGUCGGUUUUCGACAGAGGUCUGAAAAAGCUGCUCGAGUCGGACCGCUUUUCCAAAAUAGAUUUGCCCGACUUUGUGGAGAACGUGAAUGAUGGCCUUUUGAACGUGAGAGCGGGCUUCUCCGGUGGCACGCUGCGCGGCAUCAGCACCAUUCGAAGGAGAGGCGAAGGCAUGUUACAAGUUGACGAGUCCGGCAGCAGCCGCCUGACUUUUCACAUCGUGGGUGGGCCCCUGGAGGCUUACUACGCUUCAGGAGUCCGGGCGUGGUUCUUACAAUUAGCUUUGGAUCUGCGCGCACACGUGCCACAUUUCCAGGCUUCGUUCACAGUCCAAGAGUAA